AUGUGGGGGGGUCUCGGCAGCGCUAAAACUGCCAAAAACGAACAAGCUACGGCGCAUUAUAGCGAGAUGCGGCCCUGGCCGGCAUCCGGGGCGGCCCAAAAACGAAAGCCGCUCCCGGACGUUUGCCAUGACAAAGAACAGACGAAAAAUGGCGCGGUGGUUGAGGUCAUCCUCCGACGUCAGAACGGUAAUGUCACAAUGCUACAUGUUGCCCUCGGUUAUUGUGUUGGUAUCGACGAAAUUGCCCCGUCCAAAGCUGCAACAACUGCCGAAACUUGA